GCACGCUUCCAAAAUGGCUGCGCCCGCACAGAGCAGAGAUGCUUCUGUCACAGUCACUUCUGGUCAGUCAGCAAGUGUUUCACCAGCCGAAAAUGUUUCGCUACAGUAUAGUCUUCUUUUGGAGCACCUCAUCGGUGACAGAAGACAAAUUAAAGACUUGAACCCGACCGUAAUGGGCGCUAUGCCGAGCCCUCACAAAACGGAUGAGCAAAAGAUGAUCGAGAGGGGCAUGGAGAGCUGCGCUUUCAAAUCACUGAUCGCGUGUGUCGGAGGGUUUGUGUUGGGGGGUGCUUUCGGGGUCUUCACAGCCGGUAUCGACUCCAACGUUGGAUUUGAUCCUAAAGACCCUUUAAGAACCCCCACAGCAAGGGAGGUGCUGAGAGACAUGGGACAGAGAGGAAUGUCAUACGCUAAAAAUUUUGCCAUUGUGGGUGCUAUGUUUUCAUGCACAGAGUGUAUCAUUGAAUCACAUCGUGGGAAAUCUGAUUGGAAAAAUGCAGUCUAUAGUGGCUGUGUUACAGGAGGCGCCAUUGGUUUUAGAGCUGGUCUUAAGGCUGGAGUUCUGGGCUGUGGAGGCUUUGCCGCCUUCUCUGCUGCUAUCGAGUACUACCUCAGAUGAACAUCAGUGUCGGGACUCUUAUACCGUAUACUGUGUUGAGUUCCACACGGUGUGAUGGAACACACAGAGAACAUUUUCAGAGCAAUCUUCUGUCUCACUGAUCCCCGUUCCAGAGGAUUAUAAUGCUCUGUUGUCCGAGUGGACCAAUGAGAUGACAAACCCAAGCAGACGUUUUGUACAUUGUUUUAAUGGAAGAUGUACGGACAUUCUUGUCUUAAAUGUAUCUGCCUGUUGGCUUAAAAACAAACCAUCUGAUGGUGUACGUCACCCUCGAGUACUGGGCAAUAUUUAAAUAUUUUGACAGAAUGUUCAAUGAAGUUUCUUAGGCAAUGACCCCUGACAUGUUGUGUGUGUGUGAAUGGCUGUUUCUGUCCAUUAAAGUUUCUCCAAACAGUCAUGAUCGUGUGAAACGAGAUCAAAUGUACAGCUGCACAUCUUGGCUCCGAACACUACCACUACACUACUGUUGUAGUGUUCUGGUUAAACAUUGUACAGCUUCUCAAUAUAAAAAAAGACCACUCCAUUGAAAGGAUUCAUCAAAUCAGAUUUAUUUUCUCCAAAGUGGUGUUUGGAUUCACAAGCUUCAAGAAAAUAAGCUGAAUCAAGUGUUUAUAUUAGAUUCACUCUAAACCCCUUUCUAAAAGGAGAUUUAUUUUAGCCUACAAACAAACAAACAACCUAGAUAUGAAAUUUGAUGUGAAAAUCAACAGGUUAUCAAAAAUAAGAGGCAGGGAGUGCUAAAGGUUGUGCAUUAGAAAACCUGUGUAUUUGAGGCCAAGCUGACAGAGAGGAAGCGAGUCGUCCUCACCAGGAAACAGAUAAUGCAAGCAUGCUUUCUGGCUACAUCCUAGUUCUCUGAAAGGUUUCCUUCCCCACCAACAUCUACGCAAGAGUUAAUAUUUAUCAAUGGAACCCAGGAAUGCAUUUGAAGACGAGUACAUUUUGAUUCUCAACUGUUAAAUCCAUGCUAAAUCAAACCAGGUCCGUGAUCAUGGAUUUAACCUGAGCUAAGUGAAACCCACGCUGUCUUGAGAAACAAUACAGGCCUUCAGAUUAUCUUAGUUACUUUCUAAAUAUGCAAAUAUGAAGAUAAAACACAGCAAGCAUACUUCAUAACUUAAGACUCGGAAGCAUGUUUGAAGGACAAACGUAAUUAAAUGUAAAAAUCAAACUAGCAAAUAAAGGAUUUAAGUGUAAUUUACACUAUGCCUGAUAAUGAAGACGUCUCCUGUGAAAUGUACUCUGAUUUAUAAGAAAUAAAAGUGUGCAGACGCAGUCACAACCUAUAAACACCACCUGCCCACAGCUCGUUUACGGAGCACACAACGCUAAUACAAGGCACUGUAUUUAUGAUAUUCCAAACACAAUUUUUCUGGGAAAAACCUUUCUAGAUAAUAUACAUCCUCGCAUUUUUCAAACUGAAUUAUCUGCAUAUGUUUUCCUGCCUUUCGUUCUUCUGUUACACCCAUUUCGAAGAAUCAGGCAAACUGAAAGUCCAUCAAAUGGAGAGAGUCCCGUCUGGUUUGAUAUGUUUUAAAAGCAGCUAAAAGCAAUUCUAAUAAACCUCCCAAUCUCUCACUUCUGUCCUUCAUUUCAGACAUCAAACCAUAUUUGUCAACAACAUGUUUUGACCUCAAAAUCAAACAAAAAAAAUUACAUUUUGCUUAAAAAUAGAAUAAAUAUUACUGCAAUUAUUACUAUGACUGUUUUACAUUAUUAUGAGAAACACUAUUAAGAAACAUUUAAAGAUCUGUAAAAGUGUUAGUUCACCAUCAACCUGCACGACUUUCUUUCUUCCGCAGAAGAUAUUUUGAAAAAUGUUGUUAACUGGCCCCCAUUGACUUGCAUUGGUUUUGUGUUCAUACAAUAGAAGUGAAUGGGGUCCAGUGCAGUUUGGCAACCGACAUUCUUCAAAAUAUCUUCUUUUGUGUUCUGCGGAAGAAAGCAAGCCAUAAAGGUUUGAAAUGACGGGAGGGUUGUAAAUGAUUUUUGGGUGAACCAUCACUUUCAGUCUCAUGGAAAUAAUGUCCCGAAGCACAAAAUACUGUUUCUAAAACUAGGCUUUUUCUCGCCUUUUUCAUGCAAAAUAUGAUUUACUUUUCUUUUGUUUGAUUUUGGAAUUAAACAACCUGUGCGUUUUCGUACGAUUCAUAAGAUUUAUACAUCGGUUAAAUAAAAGAUACUAAAUCAAACAUUCUAGAAAAUACAGUGUUUGUGUCAGAGACUGAAGAAUGCCUGAGCCAUAAACGCAAGAUUGUAGAGAUAUGACCUUUUGUUGACGGUAAAGUGAGGGAAACGCAAUUCAACCGUGUGUCAGUCAAGACAGAUUUUUCCCUUUUCCACUGCUGAACAAAGUGCCAUGACAGUCUUUGGUCUACUUAAGCUGGAGGAUGUAAAAAUCUCAUGCCAUGUUGGAAAGCUCAGAAGGAAAACCAAAA